AUGGGAGCUAUCAAUAAGCUUUUAUUUGGCAUAUUCUCCAUAGCCCUAAUCUUAAGCACCCAUGUCUCUCAAGCCAGACCCAACAAAGAACCCCACCAGGACUUCAUAGAUGAACACAACAGAGCUCGAGCUGAGGGGCCAUAUGGUGAGAACUUGGCUGAAGGCUAUGGAGAAAUGACCGGCGGGCAGGCUGUGAAGUUUUGGGUGACUGAGAAGCCCAACUACGACUAUGCCUCCAACACAUGCGUUGGUGAUGUCUGUGGGCACUACACUCAGGUGGUUUGGCGCAAUUCGACUCAUGUGGGUUGUGCUAGGGCUAAGUGCAAGAAUGGCUGGAUGUUUGUGAUUUGUAGUUAUUACCCUCCUGGAAAUUAUAUAGGAGAGCGUCCUUACUAG